AGGUUCCGGAUUCUGGUGAUAGGAAAGUCUGGCAUCGGCAAGUCAUCGCUGAUCAACCACAUAUUUAAAGUGAAAAAAACGAUCAUCGCCCAUGAGAAGCCAGGCGAGGCCAGCAUCGACCAUGAGUUCAUCUCGCCUGAGAACGAGAGGCUUGUUCUCCACGAUAGCAAGGGUUUCGAACCAGGGGAAGAAGACAACCUCAAAAUAGUCCAAGAUUUUAUCGAACGUCGGAGGAACAUGCCUGCUAUGGAACAUCAGUUGCACGCUGUUUGGUAG